CUUCCUUAUUUUGUCUCUUGCUUUUCUUUGUUCCUCUAAAUUGUCCCAAAUGUUAACUUAAUGAUCUGGUUUGCUGAAUACACUCAAGUGGCAUUAAACUGGAUCAGUUAUCUAUAAGGUUUGGAGCAACAGAACCACCAUCAAUAAUUUAGGAGAAGGUAAGUGAAAAUAAUUGAAGUAAUUUACUUUUUUAAGAGUUAACCUUGAAGACAUGUAUGCCACUAUGAAACUAUGACAUUUAGAAAUACUAAAAGAUACUUGAUAAAUUCAACGACAACAUUGUUUUCGUUUGAAAGCAGGUACAGAAAUAAAUGGGGGGUGUGAAAUGUAUGCUUGUUGACAUCCUGUUAUUUUCAAAGGGAGGAAGUGCUGUAUAACACUUUAUUUUAGACCAACACUGCGAUAGGACAGUUGUAGUACCAGAAGAGGCAAGCGAUAAGGGACAAGAAACAGAAGUCAGGGGAAAAACGCUAGAUUUUUACACAUCACCUUGAAGAUUGGAAACCAGACUAUCCCGUUUCAAUGUCCUUGAAUAAUGCCACGGGCUGUUUCAUUGAGCAUGACCUUGACCAGUUUGUGUUCCCCUUAGUGUAUAUUACUGUCAUUGUGAUAAGCAUUCCAACAAACUCGUUAUCACUAUACGUGUCCUACAAACAUAUAAAAAGGGGAAAUGAGCUAGGCAUCUACCUCUUCAACUUAUCAGUGGCAGAUCUGCUUUACACGCUGACUUUGCCAUUAUGGGUGGAUUACUCUCUGCAACAUGACAACUGGAAGCAUGGGUCUCAUCUGUGUAAGUUGUGCAGCUUUCUGAUGUACACAAACUUUUAUACUAGUGCAGCCUUCCUGUGCUGCAUAUCAAUAGACAGAUACUUGGCGGUUGUUUAUCCAUUAAGAUUCUAUGUUUUGAGAAAAGUAAAAACUGCAAUUUACGUCAGCGGACUAAUCUGGGCUAUUGAAUUGUCAGGUAAUAUUAUUAUAUUGUGGCAUGAAGAGACUCACAGAGACCACUUGAACCAUUUGCUCUGCUACGACAGCUAUCCUUUGGAAAAAUGGAAAGCUAUGUUAAAUUGUGGGCGGUUCUUUAUAGGGUUCCUGCUGCCAGCAAUGCUGAUGGUAUUUUGCUGUCAAAGGAUUUACAAAGCUAUCAAAAGUAAUAUAGCCACCCAAGAUCAUGAUAAGAUAAAGAUUAAAAAGUUGCUCUUAAGCAUCGUGGUAACUUUUUUAAUUUGCUUCACUCCUUACCAUAUCGUUAUGCUGAUUCGGAGCAUAACCGAACCACAAAUGUGCGAAGUUGCCAAGAGACUGUUUGUGCCCUACAAAAUAACCAUGGCUCUAUCAAGCUUCAACUGCAUUGCCGACCCCUUUCUCUAUUCCUUUGUAAGUGAAAGUGCCAGAACAGACAUGCUCACUGCUGUCUUGAUUUUCAAGAAAAAGCCUAGACAAUCUAGUGGACUAAAUUAUGUAAAUGCAGCCCCAGCUGAAAAAGAAGGAUAGUUUGUUUACACGCUUUCAGUAAAGGAUGUUGUGAGAUGUGGGGUUUUUUUUAUUAUAUAUUGUGAAAUUUGAAAAAUACCAUUUGCUAUUUAGUUAUAUGCUUAUAUAAUUAUGUCCUUUAGAAUGGUUAGUUUAGUGUGAAUGGGUGAUUAACUGCUGUACGGUUUUCUUUUUUUCUAUAACCUGAAAGAUUUUUUUUUUGGAAAAAUACUAGUGGCAUACCAAAAUAAUACCAGUGUAUUGCCCUGAAGAACCUCGGAAAACCAUUAGUAGAGUGCAUCAUUUCCAGCAAUGACAGCACAAUGGACAUGGAACCAAUUUUUAACAGUUUCCACAGUUGGUUCAUACCAUUGUGAUGCCAUUAGUAUGUGACUAUAUUCAAUUGUAACAAAUGUGACUCCUUUUCACCAGUUACUCACACCAUUGUACUAUUGUUGUCCUUCAGGACAGAACCAUUACAUUGCCAUUGUAGUGCUGCAUUGUCAUUGAAAAUAUUUGCUAAUAUAAGGGUAACACCACCAUGGCUAUAGCAGUGAUAUUAGUUUGAAUUGAAUUCAUGCCUUAUUGUUUUGCAUAUAUUGUUACGCUGUCUGGUUGAACAUCUCACAUCUCACAUUUUGUUAAAACUGAAAUAUUAUACUUCUCUAAAAUAUUGUAAAUAUUACCAGCAUGUACAUUGUGUUGAUCGCUGUAAUGCAAAAUUGAUGUGGGCAAUUGACUUAGU